AUGCCCACCAUCUACUCCUCGCUCUACCAGACCUUUAUCCGUCAAGGAUUCGCAAAGUCUUUCACACACGGCUACGCCCAGUCUGUCGUCGCCGCCACACACCCCCAUGUUCUAAACCCCCAGAACCGGCCGUCGUUUGCGCGGCGAAACUGCAAUCGAUUCGGACGCAUCCAAGCGCUCCAGCUUCAGAGCGCCUUCCACACCCAGACAAGUGGCUCCGACCACAAGCAGCUGAGCCUCAACCAUGGCGGCCUAGAUGCCUACUUUGAGCACCUGCAAGACCUGCAGGCGCAAGAUGAGACCGACAAGGAAUGGGUGCAGUUCCAGUUCCAGAACCGCAUCGAGUGGAAGCCGUCUGCCGCAUCGGUCCUCGACAACGAAGAGGUGUCGGCCAAGGCCGCCGAGGCCGAUGUUGAUGUCGAUGCCGCGGCUGCUGAGGAAGCGUCGGCCGAAUUUACUGUUGCGCUUGGUGAAGAGGGAGGCCUCGCCAGCGAGCAGGCUGGGGAACAGGAUGUUGCAGCCGCUGCGGAUACCGCCUCCGCGGUAGAGGCUGUUGCUGUGGAGGACGUCCUCGCGGACCGUCACUCUGCGGUCGAAGAGGCGGCUCUCGCGCACAUUGACGCCGCUCUCGAGAAGGAGAUUGAGGCACGGAAGAACCUUGAGGCCCUGGAAGAUGGCAAGGUCACUUCUACCUCGCCGGUUGCCGCCGGUGAGGUUGCCAAAUCUCGUUCCGUGCCUGUGUCGCGGUCGCGGUCGCCUGUCCGCUCGGUGUCGCCUGUAGUCGACGAGCAGUCGCAGACCUAUGCCGAUCACCUUGCUACGCUGUCCGAGUCCGGACGCUAUACCGAGAUUCCGGCUGUGUUUGAGGCCAUGCUGGUUGCCGGUGUUCAGCCCAUUGCCAGCGCCUACAAUGCGCUGCUGAUGGCUGCUAUUCACUUGCCCAUUGACCGCAUGGAGGUCAUUUCCAAGGCCCUGGAUGUGUACACCGACAUGAUUCGCCGCAAGGUCCUGCCGGAUAGUGACACCUUCAACAUUCUUGUCGGCCUGCUUGCUUCGCGCUCGCUCGAGCUAGCUGCUAAGAAGACGUUGCUCGAAGAGAAGCGCCUUCGCUAUGGCGGCAUGGACGAGCCUGGCAAGUUCAUGUUUGCGUCCCACGAACUAGAGCAUGCCAUCGCUGCGGAGGAGGACCGUCUUGACUACGCCAUCAAGCUGUUUGAGAACUCCGUUGCAGCCCAGAAGGCCGCGUACUCCUCUGAGACCUAUCACCAGCUGAUCUCGGCCUGCGCCCAGUCUGGUCGCCUCUCCGACAUGCUGCAGCUCUUUGGCCACAUGGAGGCGAAUAAGAUUGCUCCCUUUGCUGCCACCUUCCCAGCUAUGAUCACUGCGUUCGCAAACGCCGGCGACCUGAUCAGCGCCGUCGAGUGCUACGAGGAGUAUCGCAACUUGGCUAUUGCAAACGAUGCUGGCGAGCCCAGCCUUCUCGACCGUCUCGACACGCAGGUCUACGCUGCUGUCAUCAACGCAUACAUCACCUGCGAUAAGAUGCCUGGUGCCAUGAAGUUUUUCGACAAGAUUAAUGAACAGUACGGUGUUCGCGCCGCCAACAUGAAGGACGCUCUUAUCAACGAUGGCUUCGUUCAGGGCUUCACCAGCCGCGGUAACUACGCAACCGCUUUGGAGUGGGUGCAGAACGUUGACAAGGCUACCCAGGCUCAGUCUCUGGGUAAGAUUGCAACCGUCGCUGCCGACAACGGCCACAAGGACCUGGCUGUUGCCGCUUUCGAUGCUCUGACCAACGCGUUCCCGUCUGCACUGUCUAGCAUGACCGGACCUACGACCGCUCUGCUGGCUCUACACGUCCGUGCAGGUGAUGUUGCCGCUGCCUCCAAGUACUGGCACAUUCUGCGCAACCCUCUCGUUGAGGUCUCUUCGUCCUUUAUCGAGCCCACAGCCAUGUACGCUGUUGCCAUGAUUGGCUCGGGUCAGGUUGCCGAGGCCCUGGUUGAGUCUGAUAUUAUGUUCGACCGCAUCCGCCAAUCGGCUGAGGCGAGGACCCACGCUGCCAUCGUCGAUGAGAUUGAGGAAGGUGUCGCGUUCAUCAACCGCUUCAUGCAGGCUCGUGGUGUGACGGAUCCCCGUGAGGAUGCCUCUUCGGCCGCGUCGUUUGUUCCGCCUGCUUCGUCCUUUGUUUCGUCUCCGUUCCCGUCCACGCCCACGGUUUCAAGCUUCGACGAGACCAGCAACUUCGACCCGUAUGCGCACAACACCGAUUACAAGGGCUCGUCCCUGAUUUCGGACGACCUGGAAGGGUCCCACGGCCGCAAGGGUCCCAAGCUGAACGAGGCGCUCAACCGGUUCCGCAACAUGCGCCGUGCUGGCCGCCACCCUCGGUACAUCACCUACGCCAAGCUGAUCUCGGCCGCGUCGCGGGAGAACAAGAUGGACCUCUGCCAUAACAUUCUUGCCAUGGCUCGCGCUGAUGUGCCCCUUUUGCCGCAGUACGCUGUCGUCCGCUACGGCUGGUCUUCGAUCCUGGAUGCCAUGAUUGGCGCCAGCCUGUCUGUGGGCAACCGUACCUUGGCCGAGCAGUACCACCAGGAGCUGCUGAGCUUCGGCUCUGCACCGUCUGCCAAUACCUUCGGUCUGUACAUCACCACGCUCAAGGAGUCCACCAAGACGUUUGAUGAGGCUUCCGAGGCGGUCAAGAUCUUCCACCGCGCCAAGGCCGAGGGUGUCGAGCCCAGCUCGUUCCUUUACAACGCUCUGAUUGGCAAGCUCGGCAAGGCGCGUCGCAUCGACGACUGUCUGUUCUACUUUGCAGAGAUGCGCGCCCUGUCCAUUAAGCCCACGUCGGUCACUUACGGAACGAUUGUCAACGCUCUGUGCCGUGUGUCGGACGACAAGUUUGCCGAGGAACUGUUUGAUGAGAUGGAGGCGAUGCCCAACUACAAGGCCCGCCCUGCCCCGUACAACAGCAUGAUGCAGUUCUUCCUGACGACCAAGCGUGACAAGGCCAAGGUGCUUGCCUACUACGAGCGCAUGCUCGCCCGUGGCAUCGCCCCGACCUCGCACACAUACAAGCUGCUCGUCGACACUCACGCCACCCUCGAGCCCGUCAACAUGACGGCGGCUGAGGCGGUCCUAGACCGCAUUCGCGCCGCCGGCCAGACCCCGGAGGCCGUUCACUAUGCAUCGCUCAUCCACGCUCGCGGCUGCAAUAUGCACGACAUGGAAGGCGCCCGCCGCAUCUUCGACUCGGUUAUGAAGGACAAGUCGGUUUCGGCCAAUGCCUGUCUGUUCCAGGCCUUGUUCGAGGCCAUGGUGGCGAACCACCAGGUUGCCGAUACGGAGCCCAUCCUGGCCAUGAUGCGUGAGCGCCGCAUUGACAUCACGCCCUAUAUUGCCAACACCCUGAUCCACGGCUGGGCUGCUGAGAAGGACAUCGCAAAGGCCGUCUCGAUCUACUCGUCUGUUGGUCGCGAGCGUCGCGAACCGAGCACCUACGAGGCCAUGACCCGCGCAUUCCUCGCUGUUGAGGAGCGCGACAAGGCCCAGGGUGUCGUUUCGGAGAUGCUCCAUCGCGGCUACCCGAGCGCUGUCGUCAACAAGGUGCUUGAGCUCCUUGGUGGCGGUGCCGGUCAUGCCGACGAGGCCGCCGCUACCGUCGCUGCGCCGGUCGCCGCAUAA